UGAAAUUCUACAACUAUUAUGAAACACAACAGUUAACGAAAUUUGGAAACUACAUAAUUCUGCAACAUUUUUAAAAACAGGUGUAGCAUAAGAAAGGACUUUAACCUUACUUAUGCUACAUUGGCUGUUAAGUCUUACAGAAUUCUUCAAUUCUUUAAACUACAGAAAAUAAGGUUUGGAAUUCUCUAUUUCUUUCCAAAUGCUAUAUGUUAUAGGCACAAAAAGAUGAUUUUACAGAAAAUGUCUACAUAAUUAUUUCAUCUUGAGCUCAUUAAGGUGAUUUAAGAGGUGUUUUUAAUCAAUCUUUGUAUUCAAUUUUUUAAGUCACUUAAAUACAAUGCAUCUCUCUCCGGGCCUAAUUAAGGGUGCUUUAGACUUAAUGAGUCUAUAAGAUUUAGAAGAAACAGGAAAUCAAUAGAAUGCUCUUGUGUAAGAUAUAAAGUCAAAGGGUCAUGUGGAUAGGUUGCUUAUAAAACAUCCCACACAUACAGUAAGAUUGGAAGAAUGUUGACUUUCUUGUAGCAAGUAAUGACAGAAAAUUCAGCAGUUGGAGUUAUUUUUAUAUUCUGAUAUGUUGACCAUACAGUAGAAUGCACUACUAAAAAGAGAUAAAGGUUCUGUUAACUAAAGUUUCAUAACAGUGUGAAAUGACCACUGUGGACUGUUGAUGUGAUAGCAAUCUAGACUGUGGCCAAGAUGGUGAUUUCUAAGAAGGCAACAUUGCAGUCAAUUUGCAGGGAGACUCUGAUUCACACUUCAGCCCAUGGCGUCUCCUCCAUUUUGCGCUCCAGAUCUAACCAUCAGAAGAACUGCUGGAUCAUCUUUGUGGUGGUAGUGGUGGGUUGCAUGUUGUGGCAAUGCAGUGAACUCAUAAAUACUUUCUUCCACUAUCCUUCCCAGGAGAAAGUCACUCUGGUCAAUAGCGCCAGACUAAAGUUCCCAGCUGUGACGUUCUGUAACCUAAACCAAGUUCGCAAGUCCCUCAUGCUGUCCAAGUUUAGCUUCCUGAAAGGUGGGCUAUACUUUCUGAAUACGGACUAUGCUAAUUCAUCACAAAACCAGAAAGCCUACAUCGAGGACAGCAAUCAGCUGGGUUUUCUAUUGUCCAAAUUGAACCCGGACCAGCAGGCUGAAGCAGGACAUCAGCUGGAAGACAUGUUGAUCUCCUGCCACUUCCAUGGUGAGAAGUGUGACAAGAGUUUUUUCAACGCCUUCUUCAACCACAAGUUUGGAAACUGUUACACAUUCAAUAGCCUAACAAAAAUGGAAAAUCGUGGAAGACUGAUGAGAAGGGAUGUUCUCAAUGCUACAAAAGCUGGAUUUAGUUAUGGUCUAACCAUGGAGUUGUCUAUCGAACAAGACGAAUACAUUGAGCAGUUCAGCCAAGCUGCAGGCAUUCGUCUCAUCAUCCAUGACCAAAAAGACAUGCCAUUCCCUGAAGAUGAUGGAGUUAACAUUCCUCCUGGGCAGGAGUCAGAUAUUGCCAUCGUCAAGGUUCAUGUGCAUCGACUCAGGGCUCCUUACAGUAGCACGUGUACUACUGGAGAUGGCAUUCAUAACUAUUACAGAGAUGUGUAUAAAGUUGGAUACAGCAGGGAGGCAUGUAAGAAGACAUGUGGACAAAUGUACAUCAUUAAGAACUGUGGCUGUGGAAUGUGGGAGUUCCCAGUGCCAAAGGAUGUGAAAGUCCCUUUCUGCAACAUUACCAACAAAAAUAUCAAUAAAUGUGUACAACUUUAUGAAGACAAAUUUGCUCACGAUGAAUUGGAAUGUAACUGUCCUUUACAAUGCGAGGAGGAGAUAUUUGAGCUGACACUAUCUUCAUCUCAGUGGCCUAGUGCUGUUUAUAUGAAUGAGUUUGCAAGAAAACUGAGACAAUCUGGAGGAAAGCUGGCCAAAGUAGCUGACAAAGUACGCGAUAAUCUUGUUAAAGUCAUCAUUAAUUAUCAGCAGCUUAAUUACGAGCUUAUUGAAGAAAUUCCAUCUUUCCAGGUGAUUGACCUUGUGUCCAGUAUUGGAGGCCUGGUGGGGCUAUGGAUUGGAGUUUCCAUCUGCACUGUGGCUGAGUUUGUAGAACUCUUUUUGAAAGUCAUUAUUUUCAUAAUUAAAAGAGUCAUUCGGAAAAAUAAGGAAGCGCCCUUAAAUCCCUAUAUGAUUGCUCACCAGACCUUUAAGUCAAGUGUUUAGGGGAAAAUGUACAGGGUAUUUGUGGCUUUCAGGGAUUCAUCUACAGAUUUAUUUUUCUCACUUUUGCGUUUCAUUCCAUUACAUUGGCUGUGCUCAUUGUACACCGUUUCCUAAGAGAAACAUUAAAAUUUAACAAAUUGAAUUGUCAUUCAAAAUGAUCAAUAUUCUGAGGAAAGACAAGCCUUAAUUUUUGCCAAUAACAGCACUAUAAUUGAGUAUAUUGUAAAUACAGGCCUUUAGCCCAUUAUUUUCAAGUUGGUUUCAGACCUUCACUCUUACACAAUUUCAAUGCCAGUCCUUUCUCAAGUCGUUGGACUAUAGUAGGGGAGCACCAACUUCCUUGUUCAUAUGACCAUGUGGUCAUCCUGUACUUACAAAAAAAGCCAAAGAUCAAUAUACAAUACGUUAUUUUUGUAAUCACUUUAUAGGGAAUUGUCUGUCUCUUAUGAACAGGGAUAUUUCCACCAGCUUAUUGCAUAUUGAGAUUUGACCACAUGAUGGGAGUAUUGUGCAAUGCAGUUAGCAAACCAAUGUCAUCACAAUUACUGUACCGUUAGCAAGAUAAGUGGCUCAUUCAGUACAUUUAAAAUAAAUCAGUUUAAAUUUAGAAAACUAUCUGUUAAACCUUGGAAAAAUAUUUGGAUUUAGCAAUUACUGAAAAUCACAAAUAUACUACACAUUGUAAAAUAUUUUUUCAAAUUAUUUUGUACAUAAGAAUAUAUAGUUGUUUAUAAAUAACACUAAAAUUGGGUGAGAUGUCAGUAUAAAAUAUUGUCAAUAUGUGUUAUACAAUUAGUCUCCUGUAUCUAAUUUAUUGU